AUGGCCCCUUGCUGUAGAACAUGGGCAAUUCGCACUUCGCCACUCCCGAGCUGUGUCGCCGGAGUGGCUAAGAGCCUGGAGCGCGAGCAGGCCGAGCUCCAGGGCGAUGCCCAGCCAUCCACCAGCCAGGAGGGCGUGGACAGCAGCACCUCCGAAUACUGGCAGGAGCUCAUCAGCACUCCCGACAGCGAGCUGUUCGGCUCCAGGGCCCGCUCCGCAUCGGAUGCAGCGGUGCUGCGCCGGAAGGGGCACCUGAAGGAGCAGGACAAGUUCAUCAAUUUUCUGCAGGAGAUGCACCGAACGCACACGUGCCUUGAGGUCAUGCAGAAGGUGGAGCAGUGGGCUCUGGAGCACCACCGCAGCCCCCGGUCCAGCCGCCUCAAACGCAUGGUCCCCAGCCUGGGCAGCUUCUUCACCCCCCUCAGACUGGUAGACGCCUUCAUGGAGUAUGAUGAGUUCUUCGCCCUCUCCCGCCGCCACUUCAUCCCCCCCAACUUUGCGGAGCUGCGCCACAUUCUAAACAUCGCCCAGAUCCAUGCCUCCGCCACCAGCCUGCGCCUGGUCACCUUUGACGCGGACGGCACGCUGUACGCCGACGGCGCGCACAUGCAGCACGACAACGAGAUGAUUGGGCAUGUGAUUGACCUCAUGCGCGCGGGCGUGCACGUCGCCAUCGUCACCGCCGCGGGCUACCCCAACGAGCCGGAGCGCUUCGAGGAGCGCUUCGACGGCCUACUGGCCGCCCUGCGCUACCAGCCCAAGGCGGUGGUCAACAGGUUCCACGUGAUGGGUGGGGAGUGCAACUACCUGCUGCGCGUGGACCGGGGGCGCCUGGCCUUCGUCCCGGACUCCGAGUGGAAGAGCGAGUUCAUGGCCAGCUGGCGCGAAGACGACAUCCACGAGCUGCUGGAGACCGCGGAGCGGCUGCUGCUGGAGGGCGCGGAGCGCCUGCGCCUCCCCGUCAGCGUGGUGCGUAAGGAGCGCGCGGUGGGCGUGGUCCCCUCCGCGCCCACCAUCUACGAGGUGCUGGAGGAGCUGGCGCUGACCGUGCACGCCGGCCUGCUGGCGGGGCCGACCCCCAACCUCCCCUUCUGCGCCUUCAAUGGGGGCAACGAUGUCUUCGUGGACGUGGGCAACAAGAGCAUCGGGCUGGAGGCGCUGAUGCGCUACGUUGGCGUGGGGCCCGCCCAGGCCCUGCACGCCGGGGACCGCUUCACCGACUCGGGGAACGACGUGGCCACGCGCGACUGCUGCUCCAUCAUCUGGGUAGCCAACCCGGAGGAGACCGACUUCUUCAUCAAGAUCCUGCUGGCAGACAUCGAGAAGCGGGAGGGGAGGUGGGGGAAUGGGGGACCGCCCGCGUCCGCACAGUGA